AUGGCCUCUGCACAGAAAAACUAUCCCAGGGCGACUGUACGCAAGAUAGUGAAAGGCCAUUCGAGAAAGAAUAUCGGCAAAGGCGUUGACUCGCUCAUUUACCUCAACUACGUCUUGUUCGUUGAAAAACUCAUGGAUAAUGCGACCCGUAAAGCACGCAGUGAGGGAGAGAAGAACGUCGCCGCAAAGGAUAUCAGAAAAGUCACAAUGACGACUCUCAGACGAUUCAAAGGUUGA